AUGUCAACAGACCCCAAGGAUUACGCAGAACUUGGCGAUAUCCCUACACCAGGCCGCAAAGGCAAGAAGCGCGUCGUCUGGAGCGAAGAUGAAUCGAGACGGGAGUCGGAAAGGUCAUCAGCAAACCUCUCAGCUGGUCCUAUUGGUAUUGGCAGACCAGUUGCCUCUCCAAACAGCGGCGACUGGCUCUUGAGUGCAAGCUCGCCUGGAUAUAUGGAUCAUUCACCCCAGGCAUCGCCAAGUCUGCAGUUCACUCCCCCCGGCGCCCCGGGUGCCCAGGAAUUAAGACUCGCCUUAAACAAAGUGCUGCUGACGGAAGAGGAGCAACAAGUCCACGGGCUGCAGACGUCACCGGUCCUGACGCCGAUGAAGUCUGGAGAACCUCCCUCAGCCCCAAGAAUACCGAGGCCAGUUCUGAGACGUAAUACGAGCUACAAUGUACCCCAGGAACAAGAGGAAGCAGACAAGGCGGAGAAGCAUGCCUCAGAGCGGCAGCUUCGAUCCAUGACUGACGCACGGCAACGGGCGGAUCGAUUGGCUGUAUCAGUGGGUUCGUUUUACUCACAAUCUGCCCCGGGAUCAAGACGAAACUCCAUCGAACUUGAAAGAGCAUUCCAAGCGGAGAUGCUGGUCAACUCUCAUGCUAAAAACCACCUCUUCCACCCACAAUUCUCCGCGUCUGGAACGUCAACUCCAGUCAUAAUGCAAGACUACGCCCAAGACUACGUUCCCAGACCCUCUACCUAUCGUGGAGGUAUCCUCUCUUCCCUACUCAAGCUUUACCGCGACGACAGUGGCGCCGACCACGGCCAAGGCAGCAGCGGGUUCACUACUCCUACAACACCUACAACUCCCAUCAUGUCUCCGCAUCCCUCGCCGCCGAAUUCUAGACGUCCAUCAACCGUCAGCACUGUCCGAUCUCGAUCGUCUAGUCGGCUGAGAGGCUACCACAGGUCUCGGAACUCGAGCUCUUCGGUUACUUUGGGUGAGCUGCUAAAGUCUUCAUCCAUGUUUACCGCCCCUGGCUCCAGCGAAAUAUCUGAUCGUCUCGCAGAGAAGAUCAAGAAGGAAAAGUUUGGAAAGCCAAAGAAGGAGCAGAUUCGAAUCACGGUUCACAUUGCCGGUAUCAUGGCGCGCCAUAGGUACUUGUUGAAGCUAUGCCGCGCCCUCAUGAUGUAUGGCGCUCCAACGCAUCGCCUCGAAGAGUACAUGAACAUGUCCUCGCGUGUUCUCGAAAUUGAGGGCCAAUUCUUAUACAUGCCAUCGUGCAUGAUCAUCAGCUUCGACGACAGCUCAACCCACACAGCAGAAGUCAAGGUAGUCCGAGUCCCACAGGGAGUUGACCUUGGCCGCCUACGAGAUGUCCAUAACAUCUACAAGGAUGUCGUCCACGACAAGCUUGGUGUCGAGGAAGCGACCCGACGCCUUGACGAGGUCAUAGAUCGGAAAGCCAAGUUUUCGACUUGGUUUCGUGUUUUCAUGUAUGGCCUUGCCUCAGUUUGUGUUGCUCCAUUUGCUUUUCAAGGCCGCUUUAUCGAUCUGCCUAUUGCCUUUUUGCUUGGUUGCUUGGUUGGGCUUCUUCAGCUCGUCUUUGCCCCUAGCAACGAGCUCUACGCUCACGUCUUUGAAGUUUCUGCUGCUGUCAUUACGACCUUUAUAGCUCGCGGUUUUGGGUCUAUCCAAGGCGGGAAGCUGUUUUGCUUUAGUGCUUUGGCUCAGAGCAGCAUUGCCUUGAUCCUGCCCGGUUACAUGGUGCUCUGCGGAUCUUUGGAGCUUCAAAGCCAUAAUAUCGUCGCUGGCAGCGUCCGCAUGGUGCACGCCGUCAUCUACACUCUCUUCCUAGGAUACGGUAUCACUAUUGGAGCUUCUUUGUAUGGCAUGCUCGACAGUCAAGCUGCUAGUGCGACGACCUGCGAGAAUCCUCUCAGCCUCAACCGUGGAUGGUCCUUUCUCUUCGUUCCGGGCUUCACGCUUUGCCUGUGCAUCAUCAAUCAAGCCCAGUGGAAACAGACACCUGUCAUGACUAUCAUGUCUCUUGCUGGCUUCUGCGUCAACAGCUAUUCGAGCCAAUACUUUGAAAGCAACAGCCAGAUCUCCAACAUGCUCGGCGCGCUGACCAUUGGUAUCCUGGCUAACCUGUACUCGCGACUUGGACGACACGUACAAAACGCCUGGCUGGAUCUCGUAGAGUGGUGGCAGGCGCGAGUUCAGCCCCGAUUUUCCAAGAAGAAGCAAGCCAUGGCCGACGAAGAAUCCAGCACAGGAACGCCUGCAGAUCAACCACAGCGACUACCAAGGAAAGUCGGAUAUAGCCUUGCUGCUGCAGCCAUGCUCCCGGCUAUCUUUGUCCAGGUGCCUUCUGGUCUAGCUGCGAGCGGCUCCCUGUUGGCUGGCAUCAACUCGGCAAAUCUACUAAACAAGAACGCAUCCUCUUCCAGCAGUUCUCAGAUCGAUGGUACCGCCUUCACCGUGCUAUUGAGCGUUAUCCAAGUCGCAAUCGGCAUCAGCGUGGGUCUCUUCAUGAGUGCCUUGAUUGUGUACCCGCUUGGCAAGAGACGAAGCGGACUAUUCAGUUUCUAA